AUGGCAGAGACUUUACGAAUACACCUGCUCAGUGGCCCGCGCAACAUCAGCACGGCACUCAUGUACUCAUUUGCACAGCGUGCCGAUACCACCGUGGUCGAUGAGCCACUCUAUGCCCACUAUCUUAAAGUGACAGGCUUAGACCAUCCUGGCCGUGAUGAGGUAUUGGCAGUCCAGGAAAACGAUGGGCAGCAGGUAGUAGACAAAGAGGUCAUGGCAGGCUGGCCCCGCCCCGUUGUCUUUUUCAAGCACAUUGCCAAGCAAUUCAUUGACAUUGACCCGGCCUUUCUGCUCGAUGGCAAAGUGCUCUUUCUCAUUAGAGAGCCAGACCAGAUGCUUAGCUCAUUCAUUGAGCAGGUGCCCAACCCAACGCUGCAGGAGACUGCUUUGAAGGAACAGUGGGAGCUGGCCGAGUGGUUGCAGGCACAGGGGCAACGGCCUCUGUCGCUGCUUUUGCAACCCGAAGAGACCAUGACCCGGCUGUGCGCGGCUCUGGGUAUCUCCUUUGACCCGGCCAUGCUACACUGGGAGGCUGGCGCACGCCCCGAAGACGGCAUCUGGGCACCCUACUGGUACAGUAAUGUGCACAAGAGUACCGGCUUUGGCAACUACAAAAGAAAAGAGGUGACCAUAGAAGAGCGCUUGCAACCCUUGCUGGCGCAGUGCAAGGACUAUUACCAACGCUUAGCCCAAUUUUCCCUAUAA